CGAAGAUAAUAAAUGAGUGCGUCAUCCGUGAGCCGACUGGCCAAAAGGACGCUCCUCGUCAGGAAAACACCGUUUCUUGCAAACGGCGCUGCUGCUGCUCGAGUUGCGUGUGUCACCGUCGAUGGUCAAGGCUGCGGCCAGCAGCAAGGUGCCCCUGUUGCUCAUCACUGCCAGUCUGCACGUCUGCAGGUAGGCGAAAUCAAAAGAAGCAAUCUCGUGACCUCGCCAGCGAGAUUGACUCAUCGCCCUCUUGCUUGGCUGCAGGGCCGGCAGAGGAACAGGAUGGAUGGCCUGUCGGUGGCGCUCACAUCUGCCAUGGUAAGAAGCGGAGAGAAAGAUCCGCAUUAUCCGCUCCACUGUCUGCUUGAUUGUCUGUCAAUCUACUAGACGCCGUCCGUGCGCAUGGCUUUUGAAAAGGCGAUGGAGGGUCAGACCUUAUCCCAGGGCUGUCCCUCCGGCAAGCCGUCCAAGAGCGUCAUUUCUCCCUGCCGCAUCACGCACAAUCAGCCCCUCCGUGCCCCAUCGCCCCGCCAAUCCACGACACAGACGCCAGUGCGCCAAGGUGGGUGGGCCCAGGAAAUGCAUCAUCGUCAGAGAUGUGGGUGUUUCCAUCCAUCCAUCCAUCCAUCCAUCCCUCUCUCUGUGUGUGUGUGUGCGUGUGUGUGUAGGUUGGUGUGAUGGUGAGGUGCGCGAGGGUCCUGGUUACGGUGCGGUUGUGGGGUAUUCGCUCAAGUCCUGGAGAGGCGACUACCGGGUCAAGAUGUAUCGGAGAGAACUGGUGAGUGAUAUAUAAGGGAAUGAGGGAAUGAGACGAGAAAGAACGGGCUUCCCAACUCCCCUCUUUCCACUCUCCUGUGUUAACGUGCACUCUGCUUUGUUCUGCCUUAGAUAUUCCUGAUCAUUUUCUUGGGAGUGUCGCUGUAUUUCGCCUGGCCCAGAAGCGAGUUUGACUGAUUGACGCGCCGGCGACUCUCGCCUCGCCCAAGAUGAAGGGGAGUCAUCUGAUUGAUGUGUGGAUGUGUGUGUGUAAG